AUGUUGCGGCCAGGUGUGCCUGUAGUCAUUGUAGCAGUGUUUGUCUUUGGAUGGCAGUUGAGGUGUUAUUUGGUGCUGCCUGCCUCGCAGUUCCAGCACAUUCUAAAUGAUUCUGGGCGGACCUGCAAGGCCUAUGAAGGCCAUGCUGGUCAUGAACUGUCCUUGCUCUCUCCCAAGCGGCGUGGAAUGAUUCUGGCAGAGUUUUCCAAGAAGCAGCUGGCGCAGCUGCAUCCACACGCCACAAUCGAAGAGCCUACCCGACAAAAUCCUUGCAACGGGCCUCAUGGGUCAGCUUCACAGGCAGGGUAUCACUUCAGUGUGGAUGGCCGCAAAAUAGUUUGCAGAAGUGCACAGAUGACCUGGAGGAGGUCGGAGAAACUUUGGAUAGCACACUUUCGGGGUGUGAAACUGCAAUGGCCAUAUGUCCGGAAUCGCGCACCAUUUGACGAUCUGUAUCUCACAAUCUUCAGCCCAGACAGCUUGCACGUCAUCAAGCAUGAUCUUCAGACAGGAGUCUCAUCAAACGGUCUCCGAACAGGAAGGGAUGGUCACUAUAUCCGUGUCCAAGGCGUGCGUGGGCAAGAAUGCUGGCAAACCGCAAGGUCGCAAAUUCUGGACAAAUUCCUGGCUUCAAGUCAGUGCGAACUUGUGGCUCACAUAGAUUUAUCAGCCACGGAAGUGCACUCCUGGUUCCAAAAGCAACUGGAAGGGAUGGCGGCGCUCCAGGACCACGAAUACAAGGGGGUGCCACUGAAUCAUAUGACGCCUGAGCUCCGUGGCUUGCGAAUCGAGCAGAUUGCUUUUGAAGUGGAUCAAAUCCUUCAUCCCAAUUGCUCAUUUUCACGAGCUUCUUCCAAAGUAGACUGGGUUCGUGGAGGUGUGAAAGUGGAAGUCAAGCACGGGCAGAUGUGUUUCAACAAAGGCGGUAAGUCUUGGAAAUGCUCUUUCUCGAACAUCCAGUGUGCAAGCAGUGGAGUUCGUGCACGUGAUAUGUUUGAUGAACUGUGGCUUGCAAUUUAUAGCCCCUUCGGCAUUCAUAUUCUGAAACAUCCUGGUGGCAACGUCCAUUUGUCCCUCAGUGGUUUGAAAGUAGCGAUUUCUGGAAAAGACAUGCAUGUCCUGGGCGGCCAGAAUGUGAUUGAUGUCAGGAAAGCCCUAGACAAAAUGCUCAAAAAAAUGGAGACUUGGGGCUGUGAGCCUCUUGCAACAAUUGUUUGGUGA